AUGGUGCAUACCAAAGCUUAUUGCUGGAAUUCAUAUAACAGUGGAAUAUAUUGCGAACUAGAACAGAUAUGCUGUGGAAUUAUUCCAAACGAGUAUUGUUGCGGGGAUAGCGGGGUAGAUUCACCUCCGGGAUUUGUGAUAGCCUUUAUUGUGAUUGGUGUCCUGAUUUUUGUGUUUUGUUCUGUUUUAACUGUGAUACGAUGUCUGUGCAAGAAACAAACCUUACCUGGAAGAGUUGUGGGUACUGGUGCACAUGGAGUUCAAAAUCAAAUCUACCCUAAAACUGUGCAUCCACAUCGUCACAUCGUGCCCCCACAGACAGCAGGGAUGGGGGGUCGAGCUGCGCAAGGACAGGUAUUCAUCUCUAACCCACAACACCCUGGACAACCUUACCAACAACACCCACAAAGCUAUUCUCCGCACGGGAGUGGAUUACCGCACACAGGUUCUCCAAACUUUGAGCAACAUCAUACAUUUCAAUCUAUGCAAAACACUACUACGCAUUAUCCACCACAAAGACACCCUUUACCGUCGACAGCACCGCCAAGAUACGAGCAAGUGGUUGGAACACCGGAAGCAGACAGACCAUCCAAUGUUCCACCAGAGGUCGCUUUACUACCGGGUCAUGUUCCGCCGCCUUUUGAAUACAGCCCUCCCUCGCUUCCACCAAGAUCGCAGCUUUACAACAAUAAAUGAAUAACUGCUAGAAAUUGUAAUUGAUUUUUCAAUAAAAAUAAAGAAUUUUCUUA